ACAAAUUGCAAUGAAAUUCCUCCACCCGCCCACAACCACAAAAAUUCCACUUUUCCAAACAUCCAAAAGCAAGUUGCAAAGCAUAGCAAAGAGCUCAACGGGAGAAGGAAAGACGUCUACAACUACCAGAGCUACAAAAUAUCAUUGCAUUAUUAUUAUUAUAAUUCAGGGCAGCAUCGGGGGGCCCAACACCAUGACUUGAUGCUUAAGGUGGGGGCGGUAAAGGGGAGGCCUCGGAGAUCAAGGCCUCGAGAGCUAUUCUUUUUAAGGUUCUAUUGCAUGUGAGAGAGCCUUAACCUUUCGCGAUGAUGUUUGGGUGCAAGUGCUUAUAUUGGAACGCAGUCACCGAUUUCUCGCCGCCUUCUUCGCCCGAGCCCUUCUCGCUGCCUGCUCCGCUUCCCAAAUGGCCUAAAGGUGAAAGUUUUGCCUCUGGAAAAAUAAUUUUGGGAGCAUUAGAAGUUAUUAAGAUCUCCAGGUUUGAGUUCAUUUGGGGCUACAACCUGGCACAAGACAAGAAAGGUGUUGCAUUUUAUAAACCGGUGGAUAUACCUGAUGGGUUCUAUUGCCUUGGCCACUACUGCCAACCUAACAGCCAGCCAUUACGAGGAUUUGUUCUUGUGGCUCGGGAAGUAGGUACUUCUUGCGACCCUGAUAAGUCACCAGCUCUUCAAGAGCCCCUUGAUUAUGCCUUAGUAUGGACACCUGAUGAUGGGAGCAAGGAAAAGGACGGUGCAUGUGGUUAUGUUUGGCUUCCUCAGCCACCUAAGGGUUACAAGCCCAUGGGCUAUUUGGUUACCAGUAAGCCAGACAAGCCUGAGCUGGAUGCAGUAAGAUGUGUUCGAGCUGAUCUAACCGACAAAUGUGAAAUUUACCGCCCAAUACUUAAUUCCAGUUCUAAAUCUCCAAAUUUCCCAUUUGAAGUUUGGGACAUGAGACCCUGCCACCGGGGAAUGUUGGGGAGAGGAGUUCCUGUAGGUACAUUUUUCUGCAGUGGCCACUGGGAUGCUGGAGAAGAGCUUCAUAUUGCAUGCUUGAAGAAUCUAAAUCCUAUUUUAGCUGCAAUGCCAACCCAUGAGCAGAUUCAUGCAUUAAUUCACCACUAUGGACCUACUGUAUUUUUUCAUCCAGAAGAGGUCUUCUUGCCAUCUUCUCUUUCAUGGUUUUUCAAAAAGGGAGCACUGUUGUUCAGAGCUGGAAUUUUGGAUGGUGAAGCUAUUGAUGAUAGUGGCUCAAAUUUGCCGGGUGGGGGAGUGAAUGAUGGGGAGUUUUGGAUUGACUUGCCAUGUGAUGAUCGGAGAGAGAGUGUCAAACAUGGAAACUUGGAAAGUGCAAAACUUUAUGUUCACGUGAAGCCCGCUUUUGGUGCUACUUUUACUGACAUUGCAAUGUGGGUUUUCUGCCCCUUCAAUGGGCCUGCUACACUAAAAGUUGGGUUAGUGAAUAUUGCUCUUAGCAAGAUUGGAGAGCAUGUUGGUGACUGGGAGCAUUUUACACUCCGUAUAUGUAACUUCACCGGAGAGCUUUGGAGUAUAUACUUCUCACAGCACAGUGGUGGUAAGUGGGUGGAUGCUUAUGAUUUGGAGUACAUGGAGGGAAAUAGGGCUGUUGUUUACUCAUCAAAAAGUGGUCAUGCAAGCUUCCCUCAUCCUGGAGUCUAUCUCCAGGGGUCCUCCAAGCUGGGGAUCGGAGUGAGGAAUGAUUGUGCCCAAAGUAACUUGUAUGUCAAUUCAAGCGUCCAUUAUGAACUUGUCGCAGCAGAGUAUCUUGGAGAUGGGCUUGUUACGGAACCUUUUUGGUUGCAGUUUAUGAAAAAGUGGGGUCCAACUAUCGUCUACGAUUCAAGAACUGAACUGGAUAAGAUAAUCAAUAUUUUGCCUGCGAUGCUUCGAUAUUCAGUGGAGAACAUAUUUGAUAAGUUUCCGGUGGAGCUGUAUGGGGAGGAAGGUCCUACUGGGCCGAAGGAGAAGAACAACUGGGUGGGAGAUGAAAGAUGGUAGAAUUGUCGGAGAACCACCUUAAUUGACUGUUGGUUCUUCAUCGCCUGCACUUUUUGUUCAUGUAUGUACACGGGUAGCCAGUUUUGCUGAAGGUAUACUUUUCAUUCUUGUAUAUGUAUUUUUAGAUAGGAUUGCUUAGUGCUCCCAUUUGAGCAGCGGAUCCUUUGCAAGGAGAGAGGGGGAGGGGUAAAUGAAGUAGAAGUUAGGAAUUUUUCUUUUAGUGGACCUACAUAGUUCAUGUGGUUAUAAAUGAGCAAGUCCCAUAAAGUAUGAUCAAUGCAGUGAUAUGACCGGGCCAUUGACACGUCCCUUGAAGCAUGUAAUUUUGGGUAGGACAAGAUGCGAUAAAAUGGCUAGGGUUCUAUACGUGGAAGACAAGCAACUAUUACACUCUACGACAUCCAUGACUGCAGGUGCACUUCCUUUACUAUAUUCUUCAAGCUUUGACAUGGUUCAGGCUUUGACAUAGGGUCUUGAUGAAAUAGAUUUCUGAAAUCCAACAGUAGAUUAUUUCAUGAAGUUGAUCUCCAAGAUGUAGUUUUUUGGUUGGUUCAGUGCUGUAGAGAUGAGUGGUGGAUGUUACACGUACAAUUGAAUCAGAAGAUUAAUUUCAAGUGGUUGUAAUAUG